UAAAAAAAGCCAAAACUAGGCACCAAAAAUUUCAAAUAGAACACCAGAUGCAGCAGUAGUAUACAUGUAAAUGCUUGUGUAUCAUCUCCCUAAAACCCUCACACGCCUUUGCAUUCGUUUCUUCACCCACCCAUCUCGUCUCCCACCUCAUCUUCAACACACUCCCACUGGCAGCAACUACUGUAUACAGUCUCUCUGUCAACAAGGUGACCUCAAACAAGCUAUUCAUCUCCUCACUCAAGAACCCAACCCAAAUAUUCAAACUUUUGAGCUUUUAAUCCAUUCUUGCUCCAUCAAGAACUCAUCUUUUGAUGCAAGAACUGUUCAUAAACAUGUCAUUGAUAAUGGGUUUGAUCAGAAUCCUUUUCUUGCUACUAAACUUAUUGGUAUGUAUUUUGAGUUGGGGCUAGUUGAGAGUGCAUGGCAAGUGUUUGAUGGAAUUUGUAAUAGGAAUUUGUUUGUGUGGAAUGCUUUGUUUAAAGGGUUGGUGAAGGUUGGGAGAGGUGAUGAGGUGUUGGGUAUGUAUAGGAGGAUGAAUGAGGGUGGUGGCCUUUCAGACAGUUUUACGUAUACUUAUGUGCUUAAGUCCUGUGUUGCAGAGAAGACUGGGGAGGGUUUUGUUGAAGGGUUGGAUAGAGUGAAAGAGAUACAUGGUCAUGUUUUAAGACAUGGGUAUUGGGGGAAUUUGCAUGUUAUGACUACUUUGGUUGAUGUGUAUGCUAAGUUUGGUUGUGUUGAGUGUGCUGGUUUUGUUUUUUAUGGGAUGCCAGUGAAAAAUGUGGUUUCUUGGACUGCAAUGAUUGCGUGUUGCGCGAAGAAUGGGAAGCCUUUUGAAGCGGUGGAGCUUUUUAGGGAGAUGAUCGUUGAGACUCAUGGCUUGGUUCCAAAUUCGGUGACUAUGGUUAGUGUUAUCCAAGCUUGUACGGCUUUAUGUGCUGUGGAGCAGGGAAGACUUCUGCAUGGCUAUGUACUUCGGAAAGGUCUUGAUUUGGUUUUGCCUGUUGUUAAUGCCUUGGUGAGUAUGUAUGCAAGAUGCGGUGACCUUGAUAUAGGACGUCGUGUGUUUGAUCAGAUGAAGAGGAGAGAUGUAGUUUCUUGGAAUUCUAUGAUUUCAGGUUAUGGUAUUCAUGGGCUUGGUAAAAAGGCUAUAGAAGUUUUCGAAGAGAUGUUACACUGUGGAAUCCAACCCAGUCCCGUAUCAUUUGUCAGUGUUUUGGGAGCUUGUAGCCAUGAAGGGCUUCUUGAGGAGGGUAAAAAUUUGUUUGAAUCAAUGGAAAGGGAUCAUGGGGUAUACCCUAGUGUUAAACACUAUGCUUGCCUGGUCGACCUUCUAGGUAGAGCAAAUCGGUUAGAUGAAGCAGCAAAGGUCAUAGAAGAUAUGCAAAUUGAACCAGGACCUACAGUUUGGGGUUCCCUUCUUGGAUCAUGUAGGAUUCAUUGCAAUGUUGAGCUUGCAGAGAGUGCCAGCAGAAGGCUUUUUGAGAUUGAGCCAGAAAAUUUUGGCAAUUAUUCACUAAUGGCUGAAAUAUAUGCACAAGCAGAGAUGUGGACCGAGGUUAAAAGAAUAAAAAAUCUCAUAGAGGCUCGUGGAAUUCAAAAGCUCACAGGAUGUAGUUGGAUCGAAGUGGAAAAAGGAAUUUACUCCUUCAUAUCAGCUGAUGAGCUUAAUCCAAAGAAUGAAGUGGUUCUAGCUUUAUUAAUGAAACUCUUAACUGAGAUAAAGAAGAUGGGCUAUGUUCCACAUACCAAGGUGGUGCUCUAUGAUACAAGCGAAGAGAAGAAAGAAAGUAAUUUACUAGGACACAGUGAAAAGUUGGCACUUGCUUUUGGUCUGAUGAAUAGCAACGAAGGUGAAACCAUUAGAAUUACUAAGAACUUAAGGUUAUGUGAAGAUUGUCAUUUGGUAACGAAGUUUAUAUCAAAAUUUUUGGAUAGAGAGAUCUUAGUUAGAGAUGUCAACCGGAUUCACCGAUUUAGAGACGGGGUUUGUUCGUGUGGUGAUUAUUGGUAAUAACCAAUGCGGCAAUGCAGGUUUACUAAUUCUUUCUCAUGAAGAGUCACAAGCUCCACUUGUUGAGUAUGCUGAAUGGAUAUAUCAAACUCUGGUCAUCACUGGGAUACACUUAGCUCUCAAAUUCAUCAAAUAUUAUAGGCUGCUCGAAAUGGAAACUUAUUGGUAAAAGUCUCCCACAGCCAAAUGUGGCACAUCAGUCUAGUCAAAAUGCAACUUCUAUAGGAAAAAGGGCUAGGAUACAAUGUGGACUCCAGAUACAAGGUUUUCACGUGAUAUUGUUGGACACUAUAUUGAAAUACACGCUGAAGAGUAUUCAUCUUUUCAAGUCCCUGGAAUACUUAAAACUCUUUGGUACCAAUGGUUGAGGGAGGAAGAAGAGGAAGGAGGAGAAGAACUAUAACAAAGCUUAAGAGGACCAAGAUCCUACAGAAGUAGAUCACUUCCGGUCAAAGAUUAAUUGUCAAACGGGUAUACCUUAUUUAGAGUUGCUGCACUAAGGAUUCUAAAUUAUAUGAAAAAAAAGACAUUUAGCAAGUUGUUCUUGACAGUGAACCUUUACAGCCCGAGCUGUCAUCAUCCCUGUAAUGUAGACGGAAACAAUCCUACUAGAGUCGACAAUUAGUUGGUCCGGGACUCCGGGGCUUAUGCACUGAUAGAUUGCCCAAAGAACUUUUUAUGGGUAUCAUAUUACAUUAACUUCAAGCUCUUCAGACUUUUAUGUGCACACUUCACAAAUCACAACCACUAAGGUCAACUCUUCAGGUAUGUCCUCUUAUAAUUUUGUCAUACACAUUCCUGAAAUUUAUAGGACAACUUUCAAACAGAUAUACUGUAUUUUAUAAUUCACAGAAAGUACUUUAGACCUGAGUUUUGAAGAUCUUAAUGUGAUUUAAACUUAAUGCAGGCAAGAUUUGUUCAAAAAUUAUCUUGUUAUUUAUUUGAUAUUCAUUUUUUUAAAUAACAAAUCUUAAAUCUAUAACUAUAAUGUUGAUGUUUCAGACUCAGAAAUCAGCGGGUAUUGCAAGUAGUAGUAAGGGAGUUGUAUAUAUGUAUUUGCCAAGGGACCAAUAUUAAAUGCACUUAAUUUAUUUUUUCAGUUUCUACACAUAAAUAACACUAGAAACAGAUCUUCACUCUCACUGCUAUUACUUCAAUGUAAUAGCAGUAAAUAUAGACACUAAAGUUUACUGCAUAAAUUUCUAAAGUUUAACUUCUCUAAACUUUAAUGCAAUGCAGUAAAUUUAUUGCAUAAACUUGUGAAGUGUAACUUCUCUAAGGACAAUACAGACACCAACUCAUAGCCCUUUACAGUUCUUACAUAGAUUAAUGCUACACUUACAUUAAUGUAUAUAUAUGGUGUGUGUAUAUAGUCUAUAUAGAAAGCUAGAUAGUGAUGUAUAUGUGCAUCCAUUAAGUGAAGAUGUAUCUGAUCAAUAUUUCCGUUCUGAUUUGUAUAGCCCUGGCUCUAGCUGUAACUGUAGGUGCAGAUAGUUCUAUAGAUAAUGGAGCCGUAGGAAUGGAUGGGACUCCAUGUGAUCCGCUUCGUGAUCCUCAAGGUUGCCGACCGCUUCCAGCAAAUCCUUAUAACAGAGGUUGUAGCAAAAUCAAUAGAUGUCGGGGGAAUGAGAAACAGGAUGCUUCUGAUGGAAUAGCUCCAGUGGAAGGUGAAGCAGAAGAACGCAUUAGAGGAAAUUGAUAGUCUUCUAUUUGUCUACUUACAUUUUAAUGCUGCUAUAAGAUGGUCUAGGAAGUAUGCACCCUCCUAAUUUGUAAGGCCUUUUCGCUCAAUGAAAUGUUGUUCUUGAGUUUAGGAUGAAACUUGUGUUUGGACUUUGGUGGGUUUUUUUUACUAGUAUUAAUGGUAACAAAACCAAAUCCGGAUCAAACUCA